AUGGCGCCCGCCGCCUACAGCGCCGUCUCGCAGACCGACCACGACCACGACACGCCCGACAACCACCACCGCCCGCGCGCCCUCUCCAUCCGCUCGCUCCUCCGCGCGCCCAACGCCUCUCCCACCGCUCGCUAUGCCAUGCUGGACGACGACCACGACGACGACUUCGACUGUCCGCGGUCGCCCGCCCGCCGCCGAGCACCGCCCGCCCCCGUCCACGGCCAUGUGAAAAACGCACUGAUGGCGACGGGAUCCGCUGCCCGUCCCGAGACGCCCCCUAUUAAUAUUCUGCUUCCUCCUCCUCCUCCUCCGCCUCCUCUCAAUACCCAACCCGCGCCGCCCCCCGACGCCCCCGACGAGCCGCUGCUGCACAGCCCGCCCUCCGCCGGCCCUGCCCUGUGCCAUCCCACUCCCGACCUGCAGGCCCUGCAGGGUGCCUACGUGAGCAACGUCGAGCGUCUCGAGCAGACCGCCGAGCGCCUCAGUCUGGCCCUCGACCGUCGCCACGACAGCAUCCGCAGCGGCAUCGCCCGUCGCGCGCCGCCCCCCGACAGACCGCCCGCCCUGGGCUCGCCGCUGGGCUCCCUGCUGCUGGCCUCGCGACGCCCAUCCUACAACAGUCCGGCCGCCGCCGCCGCCGAGCAUACUCCCAUCCGCCCCCGAGCUCCCGGCUACGCGUCCUCCAUCCACUCGUCGUCCUCGCUGCGCCAGUCCGCGCACCCGUCCUUGUCCUCGCUGCCCAGAAGACCGUCGCUGCGAUCCGGCUCCAUGGCCUCGCGCCUGGCCCGCGUCGUCGAGCCGCCCGGAAUGACCACCACCACCAUCCCGCCGCAGCUGCCCGAGCUCCCGCUGUCGCCGCCGCACGACGCCAUACUGGGGCCGCUCGUGGCCGACGGCCAGGAGGAGCUCGAGCCGCAGCAGCAGCAGCAGCAGCUCGAGCGGCCCGGCAGCGCUGGGUCCGGGGACACGUAUCGCCAGGCCACCGAGCUGUUCAAGGACUUCGACGGCGUGCACUACACGCCGCACUCCGAGCCUUCACAGUCGCGACGUGUCUCGCUAGCCCACCCGCCGCUCCUCGCCGGCAUGCCGAACGCCCAUCAGAUGCCCGCCCGCGGGGAGAAUAUGGUCUACUAUCCCGCCCCCGUGCCCAUGAUGCUGAAUCUCCCGCAGCGCCUGUCCAAGCGGCCCGUCGAUCAGGAGAAGCGCCGAACCCAGGUUAUGAGCUCCUUGCCGCCUGACAAGCGCAAAUCCGCCAUCUGGGCCAAUCCUAUUGACGGAGAUGUCGACCCUGCUGCUCCGACUGCCGCUGCUGCGGCGGUGGCGGCGGCCCGUCAGAGCAAGAGGAUCUCGCAAAUGCCGCCCCAGCUGCGUGCGAGUGCCUUUUUUGAGGUGCCGCCCACGCAAUUGGACAUCACUGUGAAAGAGAAUUCCGCUGUGGCCACGCUGGAUAGCAUUCUGGAUGCCGCCGCCCUCGCCCCCGUGAGUGCAUUUACUGACCACCCGAUUGUGGGCCAGGCCGGCGCGGGGGUGUAUGGCAAGGAAAGGGGGAAGAAGAAAGGCAAACUCGAGAAGAAGAAGCGGGAUUCGGAUAUGCCAAUUGCUGGCGAAGGACCAAACCAGAGCAUCAGCACGCCGGAUCCUCGCGCGAGCUUCGCGGAAGAAAACCAGGCCGUCGACGAACAAACGCCUUUCCGCAGCUCGAAUGACCGUGACAGGGAAGACCCCGACCGGUAUGUUGGCCCCGGCGAGCCAAAGAGCGAUGAUAGGGCGGAGAGCGACAACGACGAGAAUGCAGACGACGACGACGAGGAGGACGAGGAGGACGCGUUUGUCGGCCCGCCCACGACGCUGCUGGCGGAGCUGCAGAUGCGCAAGCAGGAGCAGAAGCAACGCAACCGCACGGCGGCCACGGCGUUCCCGAACGGCAUGCACUCGACGCUGCUGGAGCUGGACGCGGUGGCGCAGCGGCAGCGCGACAACCGCGACCGGCGGCACGUCGUGCUGGCGUGGGAGGAUCCCGCCCUGGCCGACCGGCGCGAGCCCGACGACGACGACGUGCCGCUGGCCCUGCUCUUCCCGGACAAGAACAAGCAGGCCGACGAGAACCGCCCGCUGGGCCUGAUGGAGAAGCUCGAGCUGGACGAGAACGAGCCGCUGAGUCGCCGCCGCGCGCGCAUCCGUGGCGAGCCCGCGCCGCUGCCGCGCCCGCUCACGACCGUCUAUCCCCCGGCGCCGCAGCAGCACAACAACCACCACCACCACCACCACCGCGCCAGCACCGCCUUCACGCUCGACGUCCCCGGGCUCGAGGAGAGCGACGGCGACGACCACGAGCACGAAACGCUCGCGCAGCGCGUGCGCCGGCUCAAGACGCAGGACGAGAAAGGCGCCUCCCCCAGUGCUGCUGCUGCGGUUCCCGGCAGCUCGGAUUUCGCCAGCGAGCUGCUCUCGCGCUUCGGCGACGAGCCGCCCGCCGACACCAAGCCGGCUUCGCCCGAGGAAGAGGAAACCCUCGGCCAGCGCCGCAAACGCCUGCAGGCCGAAGCCCAGGCCCAGGCGGGCGGCCAUAAAGUGGCUGCUGCGCGCCGCAGCAUGGCCAAUAUCCUGCACGCCAGCCCCGUGGGCAUGCAACCGCCCGCGGCGGUUGGUAGUCGCCAGUCGCUGCCGGCCAGCGGCGCGGGCUACGCCAACAACAGCAACAACAACAACAACAACAACAACAAUCCACGGCUAUCUCGCACGCUGACGGGCGGCGGGCCGCCGCUGCUGAACUUCGGCCAGGACAUGAGCCAAGGGCCGACGCCGUACUAUCCCACGGGGCUGGUGGCGCCGGCGUUUGGCAACGGGCUGUCGGCGGUGAAUCUGAAUCCGCAUUUCUACGCCGCACAGCACCAGCAACAGCACCAGCAGCAGAUGAUGAUGAUGAUGCGGCGCGGGACCGAGGCGGAGCCGGUGAUUGAUCAGAGUCAGAGGGAUAUGAUCGAUCGGUGGAGGCUGGGGGUGCAGUGA